UGUUCUCGGGACGAUUCAAUGUUUUUCUAAUUUCGCAAAUAGAAAAAUGAUACUACAUUGAAAGGAAACCAGCCGAAAAAUGGACGAGAACGACUUUUUCAGGCAGACCGUCCAGCAUUUGGCACGAUGUCUGUCCUGUAUUCACCCUACACCAUGGGAAAAGGUGAACACAUUAUUCAUGCUAUGCCCGCAAGUCAGUUCAAGCUUUGUUGUCACACCACGCAGUCAAGAAGCCAGCAUAUCCCUAGGACUCUACUUCCUGCAAAGUGGUCUCCAGCAUCAGGAUAAACUGUUACCCUACUUCCUGAAAGUACUGAAGUGUCUUACCAAUGCCCAGUUUGAAGAACCUAUGUAUAGAGUAAAGAAUGGCGAUCGAAUUCCUAUGUCGGAGAAAUUCAGCUUUUGCCUCAACACGCUGCUCUCUGACGUUGCGAAGAAACAGCCUAACCUUCGGGAAGAAAUCAUCACAGCACAAAUUGAACUUAUGUCGAACUUAACAAAAGUCAUCAACAACUGCCACGAAAGCAAAGAUUACCUCGCAUUAUCCAAACUCCAAUUAUGCAAGAGCACACUGCCAAUUUUGAUAGGUCUAGCAAGGUCUAUGGGACGGUAUGCGACUGUUGAACCUCCUUUAUUGUGCCGGUUAUUCCCACAACCGAGCAGUCCAGUUAAAACGAAGGAUCCAGAGCCUAGCUUCGAGUACUCCACUUUAGACAAGAAGAGGAAGUUUAAUCAGUUUCGGCCCAUCAUACCCAGAUCUUUAUCAGGAAAUCUUAACCCAAAUAAUGAGAUUAUAGUAGAAAAUGGUAACGACACAGUAGACAGUACUGGUGGAACUCUAAAACGCAGUUCCUUCCAUAGUUAUAACUCCGUUCCGUACGAUCCGACAACUUACUUCUUCCACAAAUUCGGGUCAAGUUUUAAUCAGUUUCCGUAUAUGCGAUACUCGGAGUCACCUGAGAAAAGGAUAAGUGUACAAUUUUACGUUACGUAUCUCCAGUCGAUUCUCUCGCUGGCGAAGAAAUUAUUGACCAAAGAUCUACUGGCAUUUUUGGAUGAGGAAGCCGAAGAUAUUUUUGCUUCUGGUCAGAUUCAGGUUUUUCCAUACAAAUCGUUUUCUGAGACGCUCAAUUUAGUUAUGGUAACUCUUUUACGAGAUAUAUUACAGCAUCAAAAAGAUUUGCCUGGACCAUUUACGAAGGAUGUGCAAGGGGCAAAACUAGUUCAGGAAUUCGUGAAAUGCCUAUUCCUGAGUGGCCAGACAGAGUUACAAAGUCGGCACCACGACGCAUCAGAAAAAGAGGACAGGGAAAGCAACUUCGCAACUGUCAACAAGUUCAAGGUCAACGUAAUGGCGAAUUCAGCUUGUGUCGAUCUUCUGGUAUGGGCGAUUGGUGAUGAGACAGUGUACGACGAUUAUGACGUGCCAGCUCUAUUAAACGCUUUAACUAUAUUAAUAGGUGCAGAUUCUCUUUGCGGAAGAUUGACGGAGAAAAUUAACUCUAAUCACAAUCACAAAUUGAUAUUGGCUCAUAUGCCGUUACUGAUGGUCUGUCUUGAAGGUCUUGGAAAAUUAGCAACAAAAUUCCCAACAAUAGCGAACACUUCAAUAUAUUGUUUGCGAGAUUUCUUAGUUACACCUUCACCUAUACUUUUUAAAUUGCACAAACUUGAACUCGAAAAAACUGGAAAAGAACAUAUGAAAGCCUCACUUCAAGGCAAGGAACAUCAGAAUCUGACGGAAACGGGGGCUCCAGUCAAAUCGAGUCCGUUCGAAAAACUUCGCGACGCUGCUAUAGAGAACCUCUGCGUCGCCCUGGAAGCGGCGCUUACCGUGGACCCAUUCUGCGUACCUGCCUUAGUUGGAUCCGUUAGUAAUAGACUGUUUACUGCCGAGACUAGUGACAGCGAGUCGUCAUUGAUCAGCACAAACAUAGUGAUAAUGUUGGGACACGUGGCCGUUGCUCUCAAGGACACACCAAAAACAACAGACACCAUACUGCAGUUCUUCCAACAGAGGUUGUGCCGUUCUCCAUCCUCGCUAGACACCCUCAUCGUAGAUCAACUAGGCUGCAUGGCGUUGGCUAGCCCUGAAGGGCCGGCUCAUGAUGAAAUCAUGCGCAUGUUUACCGUCAUCACUGUGGAAGCCGCCAGUGCUGCGUACCAGCAUACUGAUGACAGGAAGCAGUAUCGGCACGUAUCCGGCGCAGUCCUUAACGCUCUAGCCAACAUAGCAGCAAACGUUCGAGGGACCGUCGCUCGACUCGAUUUGCUCACUCGUUUGCUCGAACUGUUCGUGCAACUUGGUCUAGGGGGAGAACGGGCCACCGAUCGGUCACCGGCUCCAGUGUUGAAGGCAUCGGGCAGUGCUGGAAAUUUGGGCGUACUUAUACCUGUUAUUGCGGUACUAGUCAAAAGGUUACCUCCAAUAAAAAACCCAAAACCUCGUCUCCACAAACUCUUUAAGGAUUUUUGGUUGUACUGCGUCGUCAUGGGAUUCACCGCUGCCGAAUCAGCAAUGCGAAAGCGAUUAUGGCCCCAGGAAUGGUAUGCGGGUGUAAAAGAGAUAGCCGUUAAAUCGCCCUUCCUUGUCUCUCAAACUUCUUUACGCUCAGAAAUGAGAGAGUUACAGUACACGUCAGCAGUUAGGAACGACUCUGUAUCGAUAAACGAACUGCAGGAGCUAAAGACACAGAUACUGAAUUUAUUGGAUCACCAGCCAGAUGUGACUCCGAUAGUAAAUAAACUCACGUUUGCACCGUGUAUGUAUCUGCUGAGCGUUUAUUGGCUGGAGACUUUGAGGGUGUGCAAUUCACCAGAGCCAAGUUUACAACACAUAAUAGAGUAUUUAAGUGACACGGCGCUGCAGAAAGAUAAGAGUGGUAUGUGGCAAUGUGUUGCCAGUGUCGGCGAUAAAGUAUUCCAAAAGUUCCUCGAUGUAAUGUCGGAAAAACUGAAGGAUGAAUGCCGAGAACGGGAAUUAGAAGGUCACGCUCAAUUCUUGCUAGUUAAUUUCAACCAUAUCCACAAGCAGAUCAGACGCGUUGCCGAUAAAUGGCUUGCUGGGCUGGUUGAUCGGUUUCCUCAUCUUUUGUGGAAUUGUCGGGUGCUCUGGUCAAUGCUAGAUAUUCUCCAAGUGUUGAGCUUCAGUUUAGAAUUGGACGCAAAUCAAGAGACACCGCUGUUAAAAGUGCCGGGGACCGAUUUUACUUUACAGCUUCAAGACACUUUAGAAGGUCGAGAGGGCAUAGUCAAAGAUUUCGCAGAUCGUUGUCACGGAAUUGUACAGGAAGCCAUGAAGUGGGCUCCCCAGUCUACACGGUCACAUUUACAAGAAUAUCUCAACCAGGUACCGAACUCAACACUCUGGCACCAUUGCGGUUUGGCCCUCGCAACUGGAGCCUUAUUAGGAGCUGCUGGUUUGAAUCGCAUGUCGGCUCCACUACCAAAAUCCGCUCUUGACAAGCGACCGCCCUGUGUCACUCAAGAUUCUGCUGCUUUGUUGGCUGUGGUAUCCCAAAGAAGUCGUUAUGCUGGGGAAGUAGCGGGAGCGGUGAACGCAGACGGCGGCGGAGAAGGAGCAAUAUGGCGAGUGGGAUUACGUCUUCAUACAGCGCUUCGAGACGCUUGCGCUAGUGGCAGCGAAACCGCCCAUCGAGCGGCUUUAUGGCGAUGCACUGCGCUUUUAGUCCACGCGAGGUCCACUACAUCGGGAACUUCGCCUACGGCUCGAGCUGUUCUCCACAGUAUUGCGUGGUCCCAAGUGGACAUAUUCACGGAGGACGCAGUAACUACUGCAGUUGAGUGUUGGCAAUGGCUCAGCACGGCGCGGCCCGACUUAGAACUUCGACUGUUGCAAGAGAUCUUUAUGGCCUGGCAAUGCACUGUGGAUAGAAAGAUGGGAUUAUUCUCCAAACAGACUGACGAAAUCAGCCCUUUGGCGGCAUACGAAGGUGCCAAGUUAGAACCUAAGCCACCUUUUGUGGCUCCACACGCAGUAUGGAUAAGAUACUUAUGUGAAGUUGCCGAAACCGCCAAAUACAACAGUUUGGAAAAGGUCGAAAUGUUAGCCAGUUUAAUGCAUAGGUCGCUCCCCGUAACAGUGGGUGACGUACGUGAUCAUAUCAACAGACAUGUGGAAGCCGCGGGCGUCAGAUUUAGACUACUCUCUUGCGGCCUAUCUCUCCUCCAAGGGGAUAUACUACCGCGAUCUCUAGCUCGCAACAUUCUACGAGAGCGUGUGUACAGUGCGUGUCUAGAUUACUUCUGUAGAGGUCUUCAAUGCCCUGCUAAGAUGUCAGGUGCUUUGAGAGAGGAUAUAAUGUCUUUGAUAAAAUUCUGGCAACUGAUGCAUUCGGAUAAGAAGUAUUUGAAGAGCAGCGAUAUAGGCGCGGAGUUUGAGCUAAUGGGCCCGAGCAGUAACCAAAGCAUCUACACCGCAAACUCGCCGACAGACAAUCGUUCUUCAGUCAACAGCAGUGACAUUGGAAAUCGGCAAACUACGGGUUGGAUUAAUACGGUACCAAUGUCAACAACAACUUUAUCCAGUGGAGCGGGUAGUGUUGCGGGCAAGAGAUCAAUUCGCAGCAUCAAACCGCCAGCAAAAUCGCAAGAUCCUUUCGUCAAAGAUUACGUGCGUAAAAGGAAUCUGAUACUGGAGCUCAUGGCAGUAGAAAUAGAAUUCCUGGUAACCUGGCACAAUCCACACAGUAGGCCUGAGCAAGCGGUACCGGGCGAAGACAACAUAGCGACUUGGAGAUCGAAACCAAAUACGGAAAGAACUUGGCGUGAUUACACAAAACUGGCUUGGGACAUAAGCCCGACGUUGGCUGUGUUUUUACCAGAAAGGUUAAAGAACGAAGGUAUUAUAGCCGAGAUCAAGAGAAAAGUGCAAAUGCAUCCGACAUCCGUUUGUCAUGUACCUCAGGCGUUGAAAUAUCUAGUCACGACCGAAACACUACUCAAUGAUGCACAUGAGUUGGUCCACAUGGUGACCUGGACGCGCGUGACUCCUAUGGAAGCGUUAUCGUACUUCAGUCGACAGUACCCUCCGCACCCCUUGUCGGCUCAGGCAGCGGUCGCCACUUUAACUUCGUACCCAUCUUCUGCUGUGUUGCUCUAUAUCCCGCAACUUGUUCAGGCGCUGCGUCACGACACUAUGGGCUACGUUGCAGAACUUAUAAAGUCUCUGGCUAAGAAAUCACAGGUUGUGGCUCAUCAAUUGAUCUGGAACAUGCAUACCAAUAUGUACACCGAUGAAGAGAUGCAUAAUAAAGACACACUGUUCGACAUAUUGGAAAACCUAACAAAGAGUAUCGUGGACACGCUCUCUGGACCGGCGAAGGCGUUUUACGAGCGGGAGUUUGACUUCUUCGGCCAAAUAACCAAUAUCAGUGGUAUAAUCCGACCGUUCCCGAAAGGAGCCGAACGGAAACGCGCGUGUUUGGAAGCUCUAAAGGGUGUUAAGGUGCAACCUGGAUGUUACUUACCUUCAAAUCCGGAUUCAAUGGUCAUUGACAUAGAUUAUAAAAGUGGGACGCCUAUGCAGAGUGCAGCAAAAGCGCCGUAUCUGGCUCGUUUUCGAGUCAGGAAAUAUGGUAUUUCUGAAAUGGAAAGCGUUGCUAUGGCAAUCGCGUCUGGGGAGGAACUACCUACAGAAGAAGGUAAAGACCGCUACACGUCCAUAGCGGCGGAAACGUGGCAGGCGGCCAUCUUUAAAGUGGGCGACGACGUGCGCCAAGAUAUGCUCGCGUUACAAGUGAUCUCGCUGUUCAAGAACGUGUUCCAACAAGUCGGACUGGAUCUUUAUUUGUUUCCAUACAAAGUUGUCGCCACUGCACCUGGGUGUGGCGUUAUAGAAUGCGUGCCGAACGCAAAGUCUCGAGAUCAGUUGGGCAGACAGACUGACAUCGGCAUGUACGAGUAUUUCAUCAAAAAGUAUGGUGACGAAACUACUAGAGAGUUCCAGGCUGCAAGAAGGUGUUUCGUCACAUCAAUGGCCGCCUACAGCGUUAUUGGGUUCCUGUUGCAAAUCAAGGAUCGACACAACGGCAAUAUAAUGUUGGACACCGAUGGUCAUAUCAUACAUAUAGAUUUCGGCUUCAUGUUCGAGUCGUCGCCGGGCGGGAAUCUAGGCUUCGAACCGGACAUCAAGUUGACUGAUGAAAUGGUGAUGGUGAUGGGAGGGAAAAUGGAGGCGCCACCAUUCAGAUGGUUCUGCGAAUUGUGCGUGCAAGCGUUUUUGGCUGUCAGGCCAUACCAGGAAGCGAUAAUAUCGAUGGUAUCGCUAAUGCUGGAUACAGGCUUGCCCUGCUUCCGAGGUCAGACGAUACGGCAACUUCGUUCGAGGUUCGCCCCUAACUCUACAGAGAAGGAAGCCGCAGCGUACAUGCUCUCAGUUAUAAGAAACUCCUUCCUCAACUUUAGAACAAGGACAUAUGACAUGAUACAGUAUUAUCAGAACCAAAUUCCGUACUAAAGAAGGCUGGGACUAGUUCGCCCAUAUCACCAAUUGCAACCGGCUAUAUAUUAUUGGAAAGCUUCUUAUAUAAACAUUAUUUAAAAGACUUUUAAGAAAAAAGUUAUAGGAAAUUUUGGUGUAGUAAAAUUGAAGGACUUUAUGUUCUUCCGAAUAAAGAACCUUUCAUCUAAACGAAAUAUAAAUGAUUACAUAAUUCAUAUAAUUACUUGACUAUAAUAAAUACGAAUGAUGUAUUUAUACGUAUCAUAAUUAAUUCGACUUUAAUAAGCCGGUUUAAAGUUUAAUUCAAUAAUUUAUAAACACUCGUGGCGUAAAGGGGUUUUACAACACUAUAAAUGUAACAGUUGACAAGGGUAUGGCAUAUCUGUAGAGUAUGUGGGAAGCGGUGGUAGCGUACUUGACUUCACUUUCGGGGGGCCAAGUUCGAAUCCCAACAGCUGUAACUUUUCUAAGUUAUGUGCGUUUUAAGUAAUUAAAAAUAUCACUUGCUUCGACGGUGAA